AUGUCACGCAUUACAGUCAACGUUGCGACGGCCCCCAUAACGCAUUCUGCCAUUCUUCGACUCUGCCUCACUGCGCUCUCUGCUAAUACUGAGACUGAUAUUAUGCGUCCAAUUCAGCAAGGCGAAGACUUUACGCGAGAAAUUGAAGACAUCAACAGCAACUCCAGUGACACAGACGGAUCUGAUGGUGAUGAUUCAGAUUCAAAUGACGAUGCAGACUUAUUGCGGAUUCGCGAUGCAAUUGUCGCCCCUGCUGCUAACGCAUCAACUCAAGAUCUUUGCAAAACUUCUUCUGGACAUGCGCGGGAAGUACCGAGAGGCUUUGAAGAAGAAGCUUUGCUUGAGGCAACAGUUUCAAAAGGUCGGAAGACGAAACUAACCAAGAAUGACCUUGCCCUCGCCGCCAAGGAAGACAGCAUCAGAAAUCUUGGACGCAAGUUCUCUGUCACGCACUGCUUAUGGGUCGAAACGUCUAUCUUCCCUUUGCGUGGGCCACCUCCCAGAAUCGACCUCUCGACCAAGGAGCGGUGGCUCUCACCGUUAUCGAUUCAGGAUGGCGUUAAAGCCGAAAUUUUCCAAUUCAUUCCCCCAGUCGACCACAAUAUGAUGGCUCACAAAAACUUUGGCUCCCAUUUUGUGAAAGGUGUCAAUAAUGUUCGCGCUGAAAUGCUCUCAGACAUCAAGUCAUGUGCAGCAGCGAUUUUCAGUCUGGAUGCCAAGUUCUUCAUAAGAGGUUAUGCACGGGACACAGAGCCAGCUUGCCGAACUCUGCUCCUCAACCCCCAAGGCAUAUAUACCAAGUUUGCUCCAGUUCUUUUCCCGUGUCCAGACCGUCUUGCCAGAGAUGAUUUUCUGAAAACAUCGAAGCUUGUUUAUGUAGUCCCCACUCCAAAAACGAAGGCCAAAAUAUGGGAGUUACGCGCUGUAACACCUGGCCUCAUCACAGCAGCAGCCGUUAUUGCUAUAUUUGUCCUAUCCGGCGACAAAGAGUUGGUUGAAGUCGGCGACAAAUCCCGGAUUCCAUACAAAGACUACCAUAACUACUACCGACAAUCGCUGCUAACCGGAGGUGCCUGGGCAAACGGGGUCUUCACGUUUUUCAACAACGCGCUGUUUGCGACAUCUCAUUCUGCCUCAACUAUCCUCGGUUCAGACCCCUCACACGACUCGAGCGGUCCACAGGACAGCUGGGAAGAAAUGUUUGAGCACGCCAUGGAAACCGGAGGCGAACUACCAGAACUAGAUGCAGUUGGCCCUGUCAUCGAUUCAGAGGCGCCCACCACACCUCCUGCUGCACCUCCUGCUGCACCCCCCGCUGCACCUCCCGCUGCACCUCCUGCCACACCUCCUGCUGCACCUCCUGCUGUACCCGGUCCCCAAUCAAUCUCUGCCGCCAUGCAAGGUUUAGCUUUAGCUGAGGACGGUCGUCGAGACCCACCACCUGCAGCGCAGCCGGUACUUGAUGAGGACGAGCUAGAACCACCUGCUGUCCAGAAGCCGAAGCCAAGGCCAAAGCCAAAGCGGAAGGGCAAGGCCGCCAAUGAUACUAAUACUACUACCAGUGCUGACCCAGAGGAUCAAGCUCCUGGAAAGGAACCUGAGGUUUUGUUGUCAGUAGUCAGUGGCAGUGGUGUGCGAAGGGGCCGAUCAAGGAUCACUAAGUAG